UGCUAAAACUAGUCGCAUACUGGUCGUCAUGUUGUUAGCACACCACCGUUCGCACCUGCUUCGAAGGUGGCUUUGAGACAGUGAAAUCAAUCCUGAAAUGCAGUUCCAUGUAUAGAUCUCUAAACAGUAUACAGUAACAAUAUAACACACGUAGAGACAGUGAUAGUAGACACUUGAUUCAUAAAUAUUUGGUACAGAGUAGAACGAUCGAAACGUAUUAAAGCAGUGACCUUUUUAAGUAAGUCGAUGACGGAUAUUUGUAUUGCUGUUUCAUUUUCGAAAGCAUUGGGUAAUGGAAUGAGCUGAGCGAUCACCACGUGCAUUAGCUGCAAAAUAGAGUGUCAAAGUGAUUUGAAAUGAAAUUGCUGCCAACAAUUCUAAUAUGUACCGUUCUACUCAUCGUACAACAUCUAAAGAUGGUCCAUUCAUCCGGAUUCGGAAAGUGUCCCAACUAUCCAACUAUGCCUAAAUUCAAUAUGACGAGGUUUCUAGGUAAAUGGUAUGAAGUGGAAAGAUCGUUUUAUUUGCCAGAAAUAGCUUCCGGAUGCACAACACUAACUUUUGAGGACACUACAAUCCGAGACUCUGAUGGAAGACCGCAAUUAGAAAUUGCCAUUAAAACAGUCAAUAGAUGGACUGGAAACCCAUCGAUUAGCAUAGGAGAAGCCAUUACAGAAAACGAAAAAUCAUCAAUUAUGUCAGUGCAGCUGAAAUCUAGACUGCCAACUGCUGUAGCUAGAUUUUUACCAGGUUCUGGGAAAUAUCAAGUGUUAUAUACAAAUUACGAUGACUUUGCCAUACUGUGGUCAUGUUCGAGUUUCGUAGCAGUACAUGCUGAUCAAAUGUGGUUACUUGGACGAGAAAGGGAUUACUCAGCGGAGAUAAGGAAGAAAAUCUACAGCGCCCUCAAACAACUAAGCCUUGACCCGGAGAGGUUGUUUAUUUCCAAAAAUACAAACUGUCCAAACACAUUGUAAAGACUGCUUAUGUAAUAAAUGCGACAAAACAUUCCUUAUAAUAA